CUCCUUCCUUCAAAAAUCCGCCCCUUUCUCGCAUGGAUAGGCGGGCCUACCCCGGCUCCUUCUAAACACCGGUCCGAUGGCAGGCUGGGCUCCCGUGACCUCUGGAGUAGGGGAUUAGAGUCCGCCGUGGGCAGGCGGUGCGGCCUCGGGAUGUGGAGUUACGCGGGCUCGGUGGCCGGAGGCCUGAGCCUGGCGUUCAGAACCAACCGCGAGCGGCUGCAGGGGUUUUGCAGCAAACCCGGGGACGGGAAAUCCCCGCAGGGGGGAGGCCCGGCGACGCCGGCCAGAGUCCAGCCUGAAGGACGUCCAGCUUUCAAAUUGCCAGGAUACAAACCCUCAAGUUUUGAUAAAAAGAUGUUGGUGUGGAGUGGUCGAUUCAAACGAGAAGCAGAUAUACCAGCUGCGGUUUCAUUUGAGAUGAUUGAUGCUGCAAGGAACAAGAUGAGAGUGAAAGCAAGUUAUAUAAUGGUGGUCGUGACAAUUGUGGCCUGUAUUGGGACAAUUAUCUCUGGGAAGAAGGCUGCAAAUAGACAUGAAUCUUUGACAGCUAUCAAUAUGGCAAAAAAAGCCAGGUGGAAAGAGGAGAAUCGACAGGAAGCAGAAGAUGCCAAAAGACAGUGAUUCAAUAUGGAGGCGGCUAUUCCAAUAUUAAUGUGGUGAUACAUAUUUUUGCUGUAUUAACACUCUAAUUAAGACAAAAUACUGUGCCUCUAAGUUCCAAUGUAACCGGUUAUUUCCCAAGUUACUUUUGAUUUAUGACUGGUUAUGAAAUAUGACAACUGCAGCUCCAAGUUUUAUGGAAUUACUAUGCUAUCUACUGAUCUUUGAAUAAUUAACAUUGAAAAGUCAGUUGCAGUAUAAUUAUCUCGAGCCCAGUUCUGCACAUGAUUACACUUCUGAAAAAAGUAAUCUCAGUUAGGAAGUACUAUGCCUUGCACUUGCUAGAUCUUUUGCUUAGAGCUUUCUAUUUCAUUAAACUGAUCAACUUGCUUUGGGCCUUACAAAUCAGCCAAAUUUCAUUGUAUGAUAUCAGCCAAUAAUGAGUAUAUCUGCUGUUUAUCUUUAUUUUUCCGGAUCAGAAAAUAAAAUUGACAUUUCACCUAUUCACGUUUGUAAUUUUAAUCACUUAUUUCCACAAUAUUAAAUCAUAAUUAUCUGUUCAAAAUACUGUAUUUUUACUUGCACGACACACUGGACAAGGUGCAAGAGACCUUGUGUUAUAGUUGCCGUGUUCUGUUGUGGAGUGAUUAGCCCUUUGAUUUCUUAGCAUAGAGUCAGAUGUACAGCACAGAAAUAGACCCUUUGGUCCAACUCGUCCAUGUCGACCAGAUAUCCCAACCCAGUCUUGUCCCACCUGGCCUAUAUCCCUCCAUACCCUUCCUAGCAUGAUCGCAUUUUUCAUCCUACAGUUGCUAGGAAUGCAUAUACUUAGAUUAUGAAAUUUGAGAUAUUGGGUUGCAAAUAACUUAUCAUGCAUUGUUGGAACUGGAAAGUCAAAAGGAAAUGGGGGGGGGGGGGAAGAAACACAGCAAGUAAACUAAUGUUGAGGAAAUAGGCAGAUCCAUUAGGGUUGUCUAGGCCUAACUAUUGCCAUCACCUAGCAACAACCUUUGGGCUGAGACAGUAGAUGUUUUUUUAAAAAAGGUUGACACCCAGAAGCUGUGGGCAUUGGCAGGAGGGGUUUGCAAGGAUGUAGUAGUAGUGGCUGUUGCUUAGUACAAGUCGCAGCUUGAAGCUAAAAGUAGUGGUUUAAAAGAAACCAGAGUUUCAAGUAUCAGGACAAUAGUUCUUAGAUGAAUCUACAACCCAUUCAAUUCUACAGUCUUGGAUGUGCAUGUUACAGAUUCGAGGGAUUAUAAUUUCAUUUGCAUGGUAGAUUUGUUGCUAAACUGUAAUUUGUUUAAGUUUGCCUGUAAUAAACAUUUUAGAUUUAUGAAAA